UAUGAAUAUCCACCUCACACCAUCACCGCCGUUCGCGUAGAUGACAGAUGAGUUUAGCCAUUCCGCCGCACACGCCAUUUCCCGCUCAUCCUCCGCCUCCACAACUCCGCCGCGCCGCCACCACCAUCCUCCUCCCCUCCCACCAUGCCAACAAACACCACCCCCACUUCCCAAUCCUCGCAUCCCCCUCCUCCUCCGCCAACCACACCAGGCGCCCACGCCACAGCCCCGCCUUCCUCGACCACAGCGUGGACAUGGAAGAGCUCCUCUCCUCCAUCCACAGCACCUCCGACGACCGCCAGCUCUUCGCCCUAAUGUCCCCUUACAAGAACCGCUCCCUCUCCACCCGCUUCCUCGUCUCCCUCCUCUCCCGCGAGCCCGACUGGCGCCGCUCCCUCGCCCUCCUCGACUGGAUGCACGACGAGGCCCGCUACACCCCCUCCGUCUUCGCCUACAACGUCGCCCUCCGCAACGUCCUCCGCGCCAAGCAGUGGGACCUCGCCCACGGCCUGUUCGACGAAAUGCGCCAAAGAGCCCUCUCCCCCGAUAGAUACACUUAUUCCACCCUCAUCACUCAAUUCGGCAAGGAGGGCCUCUUCAACGACGCAUUAUCCUGGCUUCAGAAGAUGGAGCACGACCGAAUCACAGGGGAUUUGGUCUUGUACAGCAAUUUGAUUGAGUUGUCUCGUAAGCUCUGUGAUUACUCCAAGGCGAUUGCAAUUUUUUCUAGAUUGAAGAAGUCAGGCAUCGUUCCCGAUCUUGUUGCGUAUAAUUCGAUGAUCAAUGUGUAUGGAAAGGCGAAGCUUUUCCGUGAGGCGAGGUCUUUGAUCGACGAAAUGAAAGAGGCGGAGGUGAUGCCGGAUACAGUCAGUUACUCGACGCUCUUAACAAUGUACGUUGAGAAUCACAAGUUUCUCGAAGCUCUGUCUCUGUUCUCCGAGAUGAGGGAGACGAAUUGCUCGCUUGAUCUCACGUCGUGUAACAUAAUGAUCGAUGUCUACGGGCAGCUUGACAUGGCGAAGGAGGCGGAUAAGCUGUUCUGGAGCAUGAGGAAGCUCGGGAUUGAGCCGAAUGUGGUUAGCUACAACACUCUCUUGAGAGUGUACGGCGAUGCAGAGCUUUUCGGUGAGGCAAUACAUUUGUUUAGGUUGAUGCAGAGGAAGAGCAUUGAUCAGAACGUUGUGACAUACAAUACUAUGAUAAUGAUAUAUGGCAAAACGAUGGAGCAUGAAAAGGCUAAUAAUCUCAUUCAAGAGAUGCAGAGCAGAGGGAUUGAGCCGAACACCAUAACUUAUUCGACCAUAAUCUCGAUUUGGGGGAAGGCAGGGAAGCUAGACCGCGCUGCUAUGCUGUUUCAGAAGCUCCGUAGCUCUGGCAUCGUGGUUGAUCAGGUUUUAUACCAGACUAUGAUUGUGGCAUACGAGAGGGCCGGUUUGGUUGGCCACGCCAAGCGCCUCCUCCACGAGCUGAGGCACCCGAGCAACAUCCCUAGAGAGACAGCCAUUCUCAUCCUGGCUGGAGCCGGGCGGGUCGAGGAGGCCACUUGGGUGUUCAGGCAGGCAGCCGAGGCAGGGGAGAUCAAGGACAUAUCGGUGUUUGAGCGGAUGAUGAGCCUGUUCUCGAAGUACAAGAAGUACGGGAAUGUGGUUGAGGUGUUUGAGAGGAUGAGGGAAGUUGGAUACUUCCCGGAUUCCACUAUGAUAGCGCUCGUGCUGAACGCGUUUGGGAAGAUGCAGGAGGUGGAGAGGGCGGAGGGAGUGUACGCGGAGAUGCAGGAGGAGGGGUGCGUGUUCUCGGAUGAGGUGCAUUUUCAGAUGAUGAGCCUGUACGGGGCGGGGAGGGAGUUCGGGAAGGUGGAGGUGUUGUUCGAGAGGCUGCUGGAGGAUCCCAACGUUAACAAGAAGGAGCUGCAUCUUUGUGUUGCUUCCAUUUAUGACAGAGCGAAUAGGUUGAACGAUGCUGCUAGGAUUAUGAACCAGAUGAGUGAUAGGGGGAUUGUGUAGUGAGUUCUUGGAGGUGUUUGUAGAUUUGGUUGCAGUUUUGUGAUGUUUUUUUGUGUUUGUA